UUUUGUUUGGCGGUUCUCGGUCGGAAAAGUAAUACAAUUAAGCGGAUAAUUCAGUACAGGAACGAUGCUACGGAAACUGGAUCGGAUAGCAUUGCUGAGGAGGCGGAAUCCCGUCGCGGUCAAUAAGUGGGUUAGCACUUGGUCCCCGCUAACUACGGCGUUCAACACACGGCCUGAGAGGCGAAUCAAUUUCACCAAAAAUGAAGUCGGACUGUUCAGUAUCCCCGAGCUGACCAGCCACGAGGGCUUCUACGUACUGAAGGAAAAGGCUAUUUUCAAGACGGAGGAUCUCAUCGAAGAAGCUACGUCAUCCCAGCGGACUCGGAAGAUGGUGACAAUUUUCGACGAACUAUCGGAUACGCUCUGCAAGGUGGCAGAUUUGUCCGAGUUCAUUCGGUUGGCUCAUCCACAGUCCAACUACAGUCAUGCGGCGGAAGAUGCCUGUAUUACGAUCAGUGGGAUUGUGGAGAAGCUCAAUACCCACAAAAAGCUCUACAAGGCCCUGAAGCGGGUCGUGGACGAAAACGAUCUAAUGGAGACGACGGACGUGGACAAGCACGUAGCCGAAUUGUUUCUCUUCGAUUUCGAACAGUGCGGUAUCCAUUUAAAGGAACAGGAUCGGCAGAGGGUCGUUUACCUGAAUGAUUGCAUUCUUCAGCUAGGCCAGAGGUUCAUGGCUGGGGCUGUCCACCCAAGAACCAUCAAGAAAAGUGUCCUUCCGGAUGCAAUUAGACCGUUCUUCUCAACCGAUGGAGAUAACGUUCUGGUUUCCGGCCUGUACGCGGAUUCUUCCAACAACAUGGCAAGAGAAGCGGCAUACAGGUUGUUCCUUUAUCCGGAUCAACACCAGGAGCAACUCCUAUCGGAGUUGCUAAAGUCCAGACACGAGCUGGCGGCUGCUUGUGGCUUCAAAACCUAUGCCCAUAGGGCCCUGAAAGCUAGCACCGUAGAGACCCCGGAGAUGGUUAACGAGUUCCUUCAAACCCUCAACGAAGAACUGAAACCACGAGCGGAGCGAGACUUUGGCCUGAUGAAAAAGAUGAAAAAUGCCGAGAACCGUUUCGAGUCUCCAUUGGCCACCUGGGACACUCCCUACUUUACAUCCACGCUGAAGAAGCGUUGUCUCCAAGCAUCCGCAUCCGAAUUCUCUCCCUACUUCAGCCUUGGAGCUUGCAUGGAAGGCCUCAACCUGCUGAUGAACAGCCUCUACGGAAUCAGCCUGGAAAAUACGGAAAUGGAACCGGGCGAGAGCUGGUCGCAUGAUAUCUACAAACUGGCCGUUACUCACGAAUCGGAAGGCCUUCUCGGACACAUCUACUGUGACCUAUUCGAGCGACUCGGCAAACCCAACCAAGACUGUCACUUCACGAUUCAGGGCGGAAAAGUGAUGCCCGAUGGAUCCUACCAGAAUCCAAUCGUCGUAGUUAUGCUCAAUCUAUCUCAGCCCCGUUGGUCCGGUCCCACUCUCCUAACACCGUCGAUGGUGGACAACCUGUUCCACGAAAUGGGUCACGCCAUGCAUUCGAUGCUGGCCCGAACCGAGUAUCAACACGUCACCGGGACCCGGUGCAGCACUGAUUUCGCAGAAGUUCCCUCAGUUCUAAUGGAAUACUUUGCCAGCGACCCUCGGGUCCUGCGAACCUUCGCCAAACACUUCCAAACUCAGGAACCUAUGCCGGAGGACAUGCUGGAACGCCUGUGUGCCUCCAAACACCUUUUCUCCUCGAGCGAAACGCAACUGCAGGUAUUCUACUCCGCCCUUGAUCAGGUCUACCACGGUGAUCCAGCCCGUCAUCAAGCGAGUACCACCGAAACGCUCCGCAUCGUACAGGACCACUUCUACGGAUUACCGUACGUGGAGAACACCGCCUGGCAGUUGCGAUUCUCGCACCUGGUUGGCUACGGAGCUAAGUACUAUUCGUAUUUGAUCUCCCGGGCCGUAGCAUCCUGGAUUUGGCAAACCUACUUCGAGAAGGACCCCCUGAGUCGGAGUCAAGGCGAAAAGUACCGACGGGGAUGUCUGGCCUACGGCGGUGGCAUUCCCAGCAGACUGCUGGUGUCGAAUUUCCUCGGCAGGGAAGUGACGCCAGCUAAUUUGACCAAGAGUUUGAUCAACGAAAUCGACGGGUACAGUGAGCAGUUGAGGGACUUUGAGAAGCACGUCUAAAGAUAGUGCAGGGCUUUGCAACUGAGGGUUAGGGUUAGGGAAACAAUGUU